GCGGUUGCAGGGGGCGGCUCCGUGCGGUGCCCUCGGGGCCGGGCCGUGCCCGCAGUCCCUCCCUGCCGCUCGCCAGCCGCGGCCGGGCCCUUUUAAGGAGCUCCACCCCGGGCCGAGCCAGGGUGGAGCCGUGAGGCUGUUCGCACCUCUCGGGCGGCACGGCACGGAGCGGCACGGCACGGAGCGGCACGGGCCGGGAGCAUGAUCCUGCCCGCAGAGGGGAUGAGCGCCGCGCGUUCGCGGAGGAGCCCCCCCCGCGGAGCUUGGAGGUUUUGGCAGGCGGGCGGCUCGGGGCGGAGCAAAGCGGCCCCCAGGAUGAGCUCGUCCUCGCUGCUGGCCGAGGCGCCGCUGGAGCCCCCCGUGCUGCUGAGCGACAUCAAGACGGAGCCCCCCGAGGAGCUGCUGGCGUCCGACUGCAGCCAGCCGCAGGCCGAGCCCGUCGACCUCUCCCUCAACAAGUCCAAGCCCCCACCACCGCCACCGCCCCCUGUGCAGUCCUCGCCCCUCCUGGUGGCCCCCCCUGUCCCCGCGCCCACCAUCUCCAUCGCCUCCUCGGGGCUCGGCACCACCUCGGCCAUCCCGGCCGUGCUGUCGCCCGGCUCCAUCCUGGCGUCGUCGCAGGGCAGCGGCGGGCAGCAGAUCCUGCACGUCAUCCACACCAUCCCCUCCGUCAACCUGCCCAGCAAGAUGGGCAACCUGCAGACCAUCCCCGUGGUCGUGCAGUCGCUGCCCGUCGUCUACACCACCGUGCCAACCGACGGCGUCACCGCCAUCACCGUCCCGCUCAUCGGGGGCGACGGCAAGAACACCGGCUCCGUGAAAAUGGACCCUGGUGCCAUGUACCCCAUGGACAUGCCGAGUGACAGCGAGGACAGCGCCUCGGAGAGCGGCCCUGCACCCUUCCAGGACCUGCAGCGAGAGUCCGCCACGCCGCGCCUGCCCCGCUCCGACUCCCCGGACCUAAAGAAGCGACGGAUCCACCAGUGUGACUUUGAGGGCUGUAACAAGGUGUACACCAAGAGCUCGCACCUCAAGGCCCACCGGCGGAUACACACGGGCGAAAAACCCUACAAAUGCACCUGGGAGGGCUGCACCUGGAAGUUUGCUCGUUCUGAUGAACUAACGCGGCAUUUCCGCAAGCACACAGGAAUCAAACCUUUUCAGUGCCCAGACUGUGACCGCAGCUUCUCCCGCUCCGAUCACCUUGCCCUGCACCGCCGGCGGCACAUCAUGAUGUGAGGAGCACGGCACUGGGAGCGGGGACACGGAGGCGACCCCUUGCUCCCUGGGUGCAGCUGAAGGACUGCGGGGCUGGCGGCGAGCGAGACCUGCGACGCUGCGGGACGGUCUCCGGAACGUGUGCUCUACUUCGGGGCUUCUCCUCCCCAUUGGGAACACUUGGAGGAUCUUCUCGCCCCGGCCUCGCCCUCCCACGGGCAGUGAGGACACAGCCGAGGUGGGGAGGCGACCAGCCUCGUGUCCGCCUCCUUCCCAGCCCGAUUGCGUCGAGGAACGGGGGAGAAAGGAAAAAGCAAAAGGGGGAGGACGGAAUGAACCCUGAGCCAGCACCACCGCCAGGAAAAGGGAAACUCUGCGGAACGUGGAACUGUGAUUUUAUGGAGUUCUAAGGGGUAGGGGGGGGGGCAUGGGGGGGCUUUCAGUUUUCGGAGACUAUGGGACAGUUGAACCAUUUAUAAGUUAAAAAGGCAUCAGCCUCCCUACGGACUGUGGCCACGCACUUUUCUUUGUGAUUGUAAUUGUUUUUUUGUGGGGUUAUUCCGGCUCCUGCCCUUGGGAUGGCAGCACGGGGGCUGUGGGGAGGGGGUGGGUGGGGGGAUCGGGACCCUCAGGGCCGCUUGGAGGGAGGAGCUUCAUAAAGCUGCUCUGUAGCUUCGGGAGGAGGCAGAGCCCUUCAGCUAUGGGUCUCUUGGCGGCUUUUCCUCUCUCCGUGUGUCUGGGUGACCCCAUCACAUUCCUCGUCCCCAUCUGAUCUGAACGCUUGGUGGUGGGGGACCCCUGCAGCCUGGGGUCAGGGGCUGAGCAUGGUCCUUAGGGGCCAGCACCACUGAUGGUCUGUCCUGCAAAUCAGCCCCAGGACAGGUGGGAGGUGGUGGUGGGGUUUAAAACUCCUGAGCUGUGAUAUUUGUACGAACCCACCUGACGUUUUUCUACAGGGGAAUAACAUUGGAAGUGGAGGA